AUGGCGGCCAACGCCAGUGCGCCCGCAGGCACUGCGGUGUCCGACUUGUCGCUGGAAUACCUCAGUCUUUACCACACCGUCGAUACCUAUCUCUCUUCCAUCCUCGUAUUCUACGGCCCGGUUGCGACAGCCAAUGCCACCGUGAGCAGCUCGCGCAUCCAAGCACAUAUCUUCACCCCGGCUGGGUUCCAGAGCUAUCCUCGAAUUACGAUAUCACCCGCAGCAUCACUGUACGCGGCGGUCAAUCAUCUUCCACGUGAGAAACAAGGUGAUGCGAUCGCUCGAGGGCUUGCAGUCAGCAUGCUAAAAUAUUUUGCUGGACUCUCGGAGCCAUUGAAGAGCCGGUUGAUAGACUCGGCUCGGGCUGGACGACCCGGCGGGAAGACGCCCAAGUUGUUUGAUGAGGUGCAUGCGGCCGAUCUCGCUAAUCGAAUGACCAAAAUUGAGGACUCUUCUGAAAUUGUUCACAACAUUUAUACCGCUUUCCAGGAGCGCACAGUCCCCUGGGCUGAUAUCGAUGUUGUGUUGCCUUCAGGUACCAUACAAUCUCAAAGGCGCGAGAGCACGGGGUCAGAUGUCGAUGUCAUCUCUGAUCUCCAAUACGGCCCCUUUACGCCCCUAAUACAGGCCUUGGGUGAUCCGAUGUUUCUGCCAACCUCACGACUCAAGCGGGCGCCUUCGCAGCCCACCAAUGUUAGCAAAUCAAGGAUCUUUACACGCGGCCAGAAGGAAGCCCUCCGCCUUACGAUGUGUGAGUUAGUCGACACGGAGGAGAGAUAUGUCGCCAAGCUCUAUUCCCUCGUUCACGAAGUGGCAGACGAAUUCCGACAGAAAGCUCAAUCUAGAGGGCCUUCCAGUACUAGUCCCGACCAGAAGGCGUUGGAAGCCCUCUUUCCCCCGUGCCUGAACGAGAUCCUGGACGUCAACCUUGGAUUCCUCGAUAUCAUUCGUCAUGUCCUCGAAGAGACAGAAAAAGACGCUCUUGAAGAUAUUAGUCAAGAUACUGAAUUACCCGCAUCGGGUUCAUAUCGUGGCGCAUCGCGAGAUGCCCGAGACUCGAUUGGUGCCGUCGCAUUCGCAAGAGCUUUACUGGAAUGGCUACCACAGUUUUCGCAACCGUAUGCAGACUACAUGCGGGCACAUACCGGUUUCACACAGACGUUGAAUUCGUUCAUGAAGGACAAAAAUUCCAGUUUUUCGCGAAGAGUAUACGAGACCGGAGAACAGCGGCUACGGUCUCUGCUAAUGGAACCGGUUCAACGGCUGCCUCGGUAUAGUCUUCUGAUUGACACUAUGACCAGCAGUUUGCCGUUGGUCCAUCCUGCAGUGCGCCCGUUGCUAAAGGCCCGGGACAUUGUGAAGGAUAUCUGCGCCUUAGACAACACCUCCCCAUCUAGUCAUACGCAAAGUCUGCAACGCCUGAGAGAUCUCACUGAUGGAUGGACGGGCAAAAAAUUCCCUGAAGGCCGAUUGAUCGCGGCUGUGGACGUGAACGAAGUCACCCUUCCAUAUAAAUUGGAUGCCCAGGCCCAGGGAGGUGCAGCUGGGAUCACGCUUCUCUACAAAAACUGUCUCGUACUGCUUGCAAAGUCCCUCGAGAGCCGCAUCACCGCACGUGGGCUCAUGACAGAAAUCGACAAUGCAGCCUCACCAACCAACGAUAUGACAGUUUCUCUGCCCUCCGGGGAGCUCAGGAUCGUACAGGUGCUAGAACUCCAUACGGUCCGCUGCAUGCAAUCCGCUUGUGGUCGAAUUCUGUUCAUUGUCCCUGCCACGUCUAUGUCUAACCCCAGCAGUGGCGAUGGAGGUGCAGAAUUCCUUGCCUUGGAGUUGACUGCAAUCCUUGCCGAGCCCACUACCAGCACUAGUAUCCUGGCGUGCGUUUGCGAAGAGGGCGAAAGCACGGCUCUUAAUCAAGAACAGUCGUCCCCAAUUCGACUUGUUUUCGAUACAUCCAAAAGUGAAUGCACGCAAAUGUUGAAAAGUACGAGUUUGGAGGUGGUGAUGUCGAUAUCGAGCCCCAGUGGGGAUCAAUUCAGAAUGGACAUUGAUACCGUGAUUGGGUUGGGAUCUACAGAUAUUGUAUCAGCAGAUUCCUUUGUUCCCACUCUUACUCGGCGUUUGCAAGCUCUAUUUUCACCGCUCCAUAGCCCCAGAAAUCCGAGCGUGAUGAAACCCCUCGUACACUCGAACUUUGAAAUCAUACGCUAUAUUGCAAACAGUUUGAUUACGCAGGUCAAGUCUUCUCGCGGCUUUCGACCACCAUCGCCAACAAAACUCAUAUCUAAUCUCCUGGGCGGUAGCCGCGAAAAUGUACCCACCAUCAAACAUCCGAAUUCGGCGACUUUGCUGGGAGAAUUUCCAAAGAUGCCUCCUCCGAGAGGCAAUCAUUCGCGCUCCAACACUCUGCCAUCAACUUUUCCUGGCAAGGAAAAAGAGAAAGACGAGGCUUCAAACAAAAUCUCCGUUGUUGGCACGACUAGCCGGGGCCCAGAAGGUCAACUCGGUUCAUUGGAACAGUCCUUUGCAGCAUAUGUGCUUUCUCUUCAAUCUAGAAGUGGAAAUAUACUGGGACGCAUGCUUCGCGCCAGAGACAACGCAGACCGUGCCCCGGUAAAUGAGCUCUACAAUAUCCUAUUAGAAGAUCCUAGCAAGCUUCAGGCCGCUGCAGAAGUGCCGGUUGACACGCUCUUUGUUGCCUUUGAGACAUUCAUGAAAAAUGCUUGGAAGAGGAGCAUGGGCCCCGUACUGGAUGCAGUUUCCCUGAGACAACUACAGGGUCAGUUUGAUACGAUGUUUCCUCGUGAUUUUGAUGAGCAAUUUCGAAAGUUCUUGGCGGACAUGAGCCCCCAAAAUCGUCGUGCCCUGGCUGCUAUCAUUAGACUGCUCGCGGAGCUGCUAGAUGCUUCCGGCAAUGACGGGGAUCGUGGUGCUCUGACCGUUGCAUUCGCUGAGGUUCUCACUGAAGAAGGGGACCCGGUGCAGCACGUGUCACUCUUGGACCGGCUUGUAGACGACUUUGAUAAUCUUUUCGAAGAGUUCAUUCCUGGCGGAGCAUCGGUGGAAGGUACACUGACUUGUGAUCAAACGAAGAAUUCUCAUGCCCCCACCGGUUCUGUGAGCUCCAAUAGCUCAUCUUUCCGAAAGCGCUUUGGAUUUAGCCUACAUAAGGAGAGCCAGAAGAUCGAGGGAGAGAGCAAGGUUGCUUCAAUAUUGCGAACACUGAGUAAGAGACAAAGCCCCGGCGAUUCGGAGCCGAAUACUCCAAAGGGUUCUCUGAUACGUUCCAAAUCUAUUGAUGUGGACACACGGCUGGGGUUACUCCGGCCUGGCUCCCGCGAUCAUCCCAAUGGAUUUGCAUCUGAAGAGCAAAUAUCGAGGCCUGGAACCUCGUAUGGGCAGCCACCGUCAUUAUCCUCGAUCCGAGGAAUUUCUGAUGAUGGCGUAGUAAGGGUUCGCAGAAAACGGAGAAGCUCACUCUCCGACUUGCGCCCUGAUACUGCCUCUUCAGACGCAUCUCAUCUUUCCCCAAGUCAUGCUCUGCGCCGCCCAGUGACUCCUUCCAACCGCCCGCGAGCAGAGAUCACAACCCCGACUAGCCAACCUAGACCCCAGAGCAGCUAUUUAGCGUCACCCGGCAGGGCAACAUCGCCGGGCAAAACAACAUCGCCUGCCCGUUUCGGAUCACCCAUUCGGCAAAAGUCGCCAAUGCGUCCCUCAACACCGAGUAGAAAGGAGAAUAUUGAUCCCAAGAUGCCGCAAACCGAGCGGUCAACCAAGACCAAGAGCGACAUUCCAGACUCGCCAACCCAGGAAACGAAAAGGAGGUCCCGUGCAACCAGCAUUCCACAACGAAGCGCAGGGCUUCGAGAACGCGCACCGGUUAAUGGACCGGAAAUCAAGCGACCACAGUCCUCCUCCUCGUCCCAAAAGCCUCAGAAGUUGCGAAUGCAAAGCCCGCAGAAGCUUCGUGAGCGUGUUCAAGCGGAAAAAAGAGCCCAGGCUAUUAGUCAAAUUAGUCUACGAGACGAAUUGAGAGCAUUGGGUGACGAGAUGCGUAAUUUGAGACUUACGCCUACCAACCAAGCCAGCAUGGAGCCAAACUUGGAGUCCACAGAUUCCUAUCAACCUUCAGGAGUAGGCACAUCCCUUGAAAUUCGAAUGCAGAGACUUGAAGAGCAAUUUGAACUGCUGUCUGGGGAAUACAGCGGCCGUACUUCUGCGCUUGAGAAAGACUUGGAAUCUUCGUUGAUCCUGAGCGAAAAGCGCGUCAAGAAACUAGAUGAACUUUACCGCGAGGCCAGCGCAGAAAACGAGGCACUCUAUGAUCGCUUCAACACGGAACUCAGUAAGAUCGCCAAGGAAGUUCGGACAGGCAAUACAGAAGAUGCUUUACGGUCUCAAUUGACGAACGCUCUUGACGAAAUUGGUCGCCUGAAGAAAGAGAAUUUUCGAUUAAAGAGAGAAGUUGGAGGCCUUCGGGCCCAAUCGGCAGCAGUUGCUCUGCUGCGGGCCAGUGAACAAUAA